GUUAAAGAUUUUCUAAGAGUUUUCUGUGCUUCUCAUACUCUUGAAGAGUUCUGUCUCGCAUUAAUGAAAAUAAAUUUGCUGUUGGCUAAAUACGUGAUGGAAGUUUGUUUAUGCAAUCGAUAUAUUUGGAGAAACCUGACAUGUCUAGAUUUCCUGCUGAAGAUAUUAGAAAUUUCAGUAUCAUUGCACAUGUGGAUCAUGGCAAAAGCACUUUAGCUGACAGGCUUCUCGAACUAACAGGAACAAUUGAUAAGACAAAGAAAAAUCAGCAGGUUCUUGAUAAAUUACAAGUGGAACGAGAAAGAGGCAUCACCGUGAAAGCACAAACAGCAACUUUGUUUUAUAGUUUUAAAGGAAAGCAGUACCUUUUAAACCUCAUUGACACACCAGGCCAUGUUGAUUUUAGUUAUGAAGUGUCCAGGUCACUAUCUGCUUGCCAAGGUGUUUUACUGGUGGUCGAUGCAAAUGAGGGUAUUCAAGCUCAGACUGUAGCAAAUUUCUUUCUUGCCUUUGAAGCACAAUUGUCAGUAAUUCCAGUUAUAAACAAGAUUGAUCUGAAGAAUGCUGAUCCUGAAAGGGUUGAAAAACAGAUUGAAAAAGUAUUUGAUAUCCCUAGUGAUGAAUGUAUUAAGAUUUCUGCAAAACUUGGGACAAAUGUUGACAGUGUUCUUCAGGCAGUCAUUGAAAGAAUACCUCCUCCAAAAGUACAUCGUGAAAACCCACUGAGAGCAUUGGUAUUUGAUUCCACCUUUGACCAGUAUAGAGGUGUGAUAGCCAACAUAGCACUGUUUGAUGGAGUGGUUUCUAAAGGAGAUAAAAUUGUAUCUGCACACACUAAGAAGACAUAUGAAGUUAAUGAAGUAGGCAUUUUGAAUCCUAAUGAGCAGCCAACUCAUAAAUUAUAUGCAGGACAGGUGGGCUUUCUGAUUGCUGGGAUGAAAGAUGUCACUGAAGCACAAAUAGGAGAUACAUUAUAUUUACAUAAUCAUCCAGUGGAGCCCUUGCCUGGGUUUAAAUCAGCGAAACCAAUGGUAUUUGCAGGAGUGUACCCUGUAGACCAAUCUGAAUAUAAUAACCUGAAGAGUGCUAUAGAGAAACUGACCUUAAAUGACUCCAGUGUGACAGUGCAUCGGGAUAGUAGUCUGGCCCUGGGUGCUGGCUGGAGGUUGGGAUUUCUGGGACUUUUGCACAUGGAAGUUUUCAACCAGCGGCUAGAGCAGGAGUAUAAUGCUUCUGUUAUUUUGACGACCCCCACUGUUCCAUACAAAGCUGUUCUAUCAUCUGCAAAAUUGAUAAAGGAAUAUAAAGAAAAAGAAAUCACAAUCAUCAACCCUGCACAGUUCCCUGAUAAGUCAAAAGUAACAGAAUAUUUGGAACCAGUUGUUUUGGGCACUGUUGUCACACCAACUGAAUACACUGGAAAAAUAAUGGCACUUUGCCAGGCAAGAAGAGCAACUCAGGAAAAUAUGAUUUUCAUUGAUGAAAAUAGAGUUAUGCUUAAAUAUCUCUUCCCUUUGAAUGAAAUUGUGGUAGAUUUUUAUGACUCUUUGAAGUCUCUGUCUUCUGGAUAUGCAAGUUUUGAUUAUGAAGAUGCAGGUUACCAGACUGCAGAACUUAUAAAAAUGGAUAUUUUACUGAAUGGAAACAUCGUGGAAGAGCUAGUGACUGUGGUACAUAAUGUGAAAGCCUACAGGAAAAAUGUUUUGGCAAAAUGU